CACCCGGCCCGCCAACAAGACUGUACAGUACACACCACCGACGAACGCUCUUUAGUAUCCCGUCGACCAAGCACCUCCACGCAGUCUCUUGCACUUGUGACACUCGUGCUUCGUCUGGUAGUUCUUGGUGCCUGAACGCAUCGCAUGGAUCACAUCCAUAAAUAAAACAGACGUGAAAACCAUGGAGCUGCCUGCGGUUGCUCUCGUUGUAUUGUUGUGUGGAGCCUCGCUCACCACACACGCAGGUCCACCACUUCUUGGGAUCGUCCCUGACGAUGACGCCCCUCUUGGGCUGGGCACCACCGGGCGGUGCCUGCUGGGCCGCCUUGCCCAUGCGCGCCUCUAUCACGUCUCUGGCACCCUCAGCAACCAUUGUGUGGUCUUGCUGGAGGCCGAGCUUCUCGGCUGACUGGAGACCGGCAAAGCUAUAGCUCCCGAAGGCGAGACCUGUCAACAAGAAAGACGCAGACAGCACAGAUCCAGGAAUGGUGUCACCAGCCGUGACGUGCUCCGUUUGUUAGUGAAGAGUUCUCGCUGACCGAAUGCCUUCUGGUAGUUGGCGAUUGUGGCCGAUGAGGGGAUGAUGUCAGCCUGACGCUGCGGUGCCUUGGCAGGGGGAGCUGCGGCUUCCUCCGACGACGGGCUGCUGGGGCUGUCGUCCCGGCUCCUCUUGCUCCUGGCCUUCUCGCUCCUCCGCUUCUUCUCCUUCUCUCUCUUCCGCCGCUUCCUGUCGUCCUUGGACGCCUUCGAGAGGAUCUUGCUCAGCCGCGACUCUGGCAGCUCUCGGUAGUGCCUCAGCAGCAGGGUGAUCCUCUCCUGCGUGCUCUCCGGCGCAUCUCGCGGCCGUAUCCUCCUCGGCAGGUCAUCAAUAGCCUUGUUGAGGCUCUUCUUACUCAUCGCCAGCAGGCCGCGCUCCACAUCUUCUUCGCGGACCUCGUUUCUUGGCGAUGCGUCGUCGUCGGCACGCCGCCUCGGUGGUGACGGCGGUGAUCUUGACCUCGAACGUGAGCGCUGGCGGUCCCAGUUUCUUCCGCGCUGCGAUAGACGAGGGGAGGGUGGUGUGCGGGAUCUUCGGGGCUCUCGCUCUGGUUCCUCUGGCCUCGAUGACAUUGUCUAUGUCCAAUCGUUUGGCGUGAAUUUGGUCCUCCUUG